AUGCCCAGCGACCCAGAAGACUUGAGUCUCUCAGCCCUCCUGCCGACGACAACGCUCGCUAGUGUCUUCGUAUUUGGCAUUAGCGCGUUGGUUUGCCUGGGUCUUCAUGGAGGUGAUAUCUUUGCUAAGAUAACCGCAUGGACCGGGAAUCCCAAGUACCUUCCCAUUAGCACCAGAAUCAGCGACGGCGAGGCAUCGAAGCAAUCUGAUGACAGAUUGACGUCAUCAUUCAACGGCUCGAUGGACUCGUGGAAACAACUCUUAUUGAGAAGCACUCAGCUAGGUGCCAUACUACUCUAUGCCUUUGCAUGUGAGUGGGCCCCUGUGUACCCUCAUGGGCUGAGGGAAUACUCCCGGGACAUAUUCUGGUUUCUAUUCGCUGUGUUCAUCCUCCAUUGCUUGUCAUGGGGGAAGACUGAGAGGCGUCCUGAAGAAGCCAAAUUGGUGGUGUUCGGCCGCAACAACUCGGAAGAGCUGAAGGGAUGGUUGCAGUUCCUCUUCCUCGCCUACCACUACUUCCACGCCACUGAUGUCUACAACAUGAUACGAGUCUUCGUCAGCGCCUACGUGUGGAUGACUGGUUUCGGCAACUUCAGUUACUUCUACACUCAGAACGACUACAGUUUGGGUAGACUAGUGUCGAUGCUAUGGCGCCUGAAUAUGUCCGCUGUCCUCCUGUGCUUGGCCCUCAACACUACGUACAUCCUCUACUAUAUUGUACCGUUGCAUACCUUUUACUUCCUGCUCACCUAUGUCACUAUGGGGGCCUUCAGAUCCGCCAACUAUCAUCGUUGGUUGAUGAAAGUGAAAUUGACAGCGUUGGGGCUGGCCAUCUAUCUCAUAUGGGAUGUUGACCAUUCCUGGUUCGAUGUUGUCUUUGGGCCCAUCUUGCCCUCCACUGCCCUUCAGGGCGCCAAGGCAGGAGUGCUCUACGAGUGGCACUUCAGGACCGGUCUGGAUCAUUGUUACCCGUCUACUACUAAGUGGAUGGAAAUGGUGGAGAAGCUGCCACCAACGCGAGAGUGGCUCGAAUAUAACGCCAUGGUGAGACAACGAUGUCACUUGCUGUGCUCUCAGCUCCCCCUCAGGCUGCGUUCGCACUACCUCGAGCCUCUCGCCAAAAUGGGAAAAGUCACUCUGGAGACCUACCUACUGCAACACCACAUAUGGCUCACUGAGAAUGCUAAGAAAACUUUAGUGUUAUUGCCCGACUAUCCGCUUUGUAAUCUCCUUCUUACAACAGCCAUCUACGUUUACCUAGCAAAUCGGCUCUUCCGUAUUACUGUGGAGCUUCGCGCGAUACUACUGCCAGAGAGAGAUACAACAGCAUGCUUGAAAGGGCUGUUUGCAACCAGCGCUGUUUUCACGGCUGCAAUGUUGCUCGCUGUCAUCUCAGCUGCUGUGGAUGCAGUCGCAGGUCAGAUAGCACUGAUGGUCCUCGUAUUCUCUAUUGUGCUUACGCGACGCAUAAACGGAGGCUUCUCGUCGGCCUCCAUAAUUCUACCAUGCAUCGGUAUCAUCGCGACGACAUUCAUCUUGGGUGAACUCCCCUGGAAUGUCACGGCCAUCAUGAACUAUCGACUAGCCCCUAUUGCUACUGUUGAGCCUGGACUAGCGCCUUGUGAUCCACACCGCGGGUUGUUCUUGAUUGGCGCAGCGUCAUUGAUGCUGAUGUGGCGUGAUCCUUUCUUGAUUGUGAGACCAGUGACAUACAUCAUCACGGCGUUGAGUCCGUCUGCCCGCACUCUUCGAGAUGCAUACGAUUAUGUAUCAGUGUAUGGAGCCCUCCAUGAGAAGUAUGGGCUGCCCUCAGUUCGGAUGGAUGUCGUCAAAGAGGGAGAUAUAGAAAUGUCAGUUCAUGAGUGA